GAGAUGCUGAUGGGAGGAAACUGUCAGAGAGUGAAGCAGCAGCCUGCAGCUGUGUGAAAGAACAAGAGAGGGGUUAAGGGAGAGAGCAGAAAGAGAAAAAGAAGCAGAAUACGGGAAAACGCAGAAUUUCAGUUCCCUUCUACCUCUGCCACUCAUGAACCACAAGCUUUUGGUGUUUUCCUGUGUCGCAUGCUCUCAUACAGCCUUAGCGUCUCUCUAUCUCUUAGACACGUCUGUGACUUUUACUUCAAGGUCUAAAGCAGCUGUGCGGACAUCUUACUUGAAUGUGGUUAGAUGACAAAAGGACAACUUUCUGCAAUUUUUGUAGCAUGGAAAACAUAAUGGAUUAUAAAGCACAUAAGGACAUCAAAUCUUUAACAAGAAAAGAAUGUGAAAAGCAGCACUCCAAGUAAUCAAAAAAGCAUAAUUAAGGUCCAUAACAAGUCUAAGAAAGCCCAGGACAGCUAAAAAACAAACAAACAAAAAAAAAACAUGUAUAUUAAUACUUUCUGAGAAAGGAAGUAUAAUUAUCACCAAAUGACAGUAAACUAUUUUACUGUUACGGGUAGAAAAAAGUUAAAAUAAUUAAAAUGCAAAUAUUGACUUGCAUCAUUAUCAGGCAGCUAUAUGUUAAAAAAAUCACAUAGGAAGAAACUGAAUCCAGUCUAAAGAAGAACAGAAUAAAGAAAUACUCUUAAUAUUAAUAUAUCAAGAAGGUUCAAGCAACAGAAUACCUUUCACACAUUAUCAAUGAGUUGUUUCUAAUGCGAUGCAGUCCGAUGACCUCUUUGUGCGUAAACUGCGCCAACUACCAUCCCAAUCAUCCCCUCACAAGAGUCCUCGUGAGGCUAAGUCACUAAUUACCUCAGGAAAUAGCAGGCAUAACGGUGGAGCACGUUCCCUUUCAGAGUCAGAGUAUAACCCUCGGGAUAAAGGGAUUGGAAGCCCGUCUGCCCCACGUUUUAAAGAUCCUUUCAUACUGCUUGGGCUGGCAGCAAACAGCCAAGGGCCAGUGGCCCUAGAGGUUAAAGAAAAACCACCUGAAGGAGAUCCUGUAGCUCCACGUCCUAAAAGUUUUGCUCACCAUGACAUUCAGAGUAUAUUGUUUGAUCCCUUCAAAAGGAGGGAAUCUGAAGGAAAAAAGAAUGUAAGAAGUGGUGCUUCUGCUGCCUCUCAGCUCAGAACUUGUACUUCAUCACCCAGGAGAUCUUUGUCAUCCCCUGAAGAUCCAGGUGAUUCUGGCGAUGGAAAAGACAAUGAGCUGUUACUUAGCUGCCCAUAUUUCCGCAAUGAAGUUGGAGGGGAAGAGAAAGAAGGCCAAAAAGAUCAAGGAUGGGACUUUUGUUCUCUUUUUUCAUUAAAUUCUCCACUUAUCAAUUGUCCAGUCAGGGGACCCAAUGCAGCUGUAUCUGUGUUAGAAGAAGCAAGAGAAAGGUUGAGAGAUUGCAGCUACUUUGUUGAAUAUCAAGAUCUGGGGGCACUAUAUUAUCGAAAGUAUUUUUAUGGCAAAGAACAUCAGAAUUUUUUUGGACUUGAUGAGAGGCUCGGGCCUGUGGCCAUAAGUUUGAGACGAGAUGAAAGAGAUGGCGUGCAAGGCAUACAGUACAAUUAUAGAAUUAUUUUUCGAACAACCGAGUUGAAGACACUUCGGGGUUCAAUGCUAGAAGAAGCCUUUCCUUCAUCCAUUCGUUCUAGCUCUUCCAGAGCUAUAUCCCCCAAAAAACUUUUGGAAUACAUUGUACCAGAAUUGAACUUGCAAUGUCUGCGCUUAGCAUCCAACUCUCCCAAAGUACCAGAAACUCUGCUAAAACUGGAUGAACAGGGGCUUAGUUUUCAGAGAAAAAUUGGAGUUUUGUACUGUAAGAGUGGACAAGCUACUGAAGAAGAAAUGUAUAACAAUGAGACAGCUGGACCAGCUUUUAAGGAAUUUGUGAGCCUUCUAGGGGAUGAAAUCAGACUGAAGGGGUUUGACAAAUAUCGUGCACAGCUGGACAAUAAAACUGACAGCACGGGUACUCACUCUCUCUAUACUCGUUACCAAGAUUAUGAGAUCAUGUUUCAUGUAUCAACAAUGCUCCCAUUUACUGCAAGCAACAGUCAACAGCUUCUUCGAAAAAGGCAUAUUGGUAAUGACAUUGUGACAAUAGUUUUCCAAGAACCAGGUGCCCUCCCCUUUACUCCACAGACCAUACGCUCCCAUUUUCAGCAUGUAUUUAUUGUUGUGAGAGUUCACAAUCCAUGUACUGUUCACACCAUUUACAGUGUUGCUGUGACUCGUACGGCCGACACACCACCCUUUGGACCUCCUUUGCCUCCAACUUUUUUCCGCCAGUCACCUGAACUUAGAGAUUUUCUUCUCUCCAAAGCCAUAAAUGGUGAAAAUGCAGCUGAACGUGGUGGAAAGUUUUUAGCUAUGGCCACACGAACAAGAGAAGAGUACCUUAGGGACUUGGCUCGUGAUCAUGUCACCACAACUACAUUGGAUUCAUGCUCAUCUAAACUAGCCAUCUUGGGCCUCUCUAAGAAAAGGGACAGAGCUGGUAGCACGGGCCCUGGAGAUAAAAGUGGAAAAGGGUCUCGCUGGGCAUACAGUGUUCCUCCAGAAUUCCACAGUUCUGGUGUUCUUGUGUGGACAGUUAAAGCAACAAGCGUGUGUAUUACUGAAGGUACCUAUAUGCUGGGAAUAUCCUCUGAGAUGGUGGUUUUAGUAGAUCCAAAAAAGGAGCGUGAAGGAACGGUAUGCUUCCACUGCUCAUGCCGUGAUGUACUUGGAUGGACAUACUGCAAAAAGUGGGGAUUGGACCUUUACUAUGGACGGGCCGGAAGACUGUCUCUUUCCCCAGUAGCUAACAGUGAGGGUGAGGCAGAAGAAGAAGUAAACCACAUUGUCAAGAGGCUGCAGGUUGUGUCAGGUGGCUGUGAGACCCGUGAAAUCCCAUUGCUAAGAAAUGGUCUUGGGCAGCUUGGCUUCAACGCAGAUUCAGGGGGGUUUGUAACUGAAGUAGAGAGAUUCAGCAUGGCUGAAACUGUAGGACUUUGUCCGGGUGCAAGGUUGGUAGCCAUCUGUGGUCAACCGUUCUGCUCAUUGACCCCUGAGGAUGUUCGUACACUAUUUAUUCGUGCAAAGAAAGUAACUGUGACGACUUUGCCUCCAGAUGAAGCUGGGAAGCCUCGCAGGUGUUUCUCUGAGUUAUAUGUGAGGUCUCUGCAAGAACAGAGAAUCAUGCGGCCAUCAGAAGGAGACACUGAAGAGAAAGAAGAAAUUAUUCCAAGAAAAACAGAAUCUGCUCCAGCAACUCAGAACAUUCUUCGGACCCUCUCUGUACAGGAGGAAAGGACAGACUUUAGGUUCAGUAAUGAUGAUUUGGCUCCUCCUGAUAUUAUUCCUCAGCCAGACCCAUCAAGAGAUGAACUGAUGAUGUAUGACGCUUUUGGGAAGUCCGUAGAUGAGGUGUUGGAAACAGAUGUGGUUCUUCCAGAGGAGGAAAGCACUGCACCUGCAUCUUCUCAGGAACAUGUUACUAACACAUUUUCACCAGCUCCACAAUCUCUUGAAGAUGAAUGGAAGAGCAUCUCUGAUCUUACUCUUGCCUGCAACAGUAUUCUGGAAGCCAUGUCUAAAGAAGAACAGGUUCAAGCAAUCAAAAAUGAUCUUGGACCUCCCAGCUCUGUGGCAACCGCAUCUGGAAAUCUCAACGACAAAGUCACAGAGCUGGAAAUUAAACUAAAAAAAAUACAGGAAGAACUCAGGAAGGAACAAGAGGGAAGAGCAAAGCUUCAGGCAGAGGUACUCAGUCUUAAGAGGACCCAAGAAGAAGCAUUUACUGGAACUUUGCCCCGUGGUGGUGGUGCCAAAAUACUCAGGGGUGGAAACAGUACCUAUGAAGGAUCAGUCGUUGACUGUACAGAAACAGCCAAGGACUGACUAACUUUUCUUUUUAACACGGGGAUGGGUGAAUUGUGUCAUUAAAGGUCAACAAAAAAGAUUUUACGAAAAAACAGUACAAAGCCAACAAAACAUCCAUCAGAAAGAGAAUAGAAUAUUUACUGAAAGGUAGUGAAAGUACAGGAAGAGUUAUUGCUAAGAUGUAGCAAAAGUGCAAACAAGUCAAACACUGAACCAUUCAGGCAAAUAUUUGUGGAAGGCAAAAAACCACUAAAAAAGGCAUAUUUUUGGUGAAAUGUGCCAGUUUGUUAGGAUGCCUAUGCAAUGGAAGCAAAAUAUUUCAGGAUGUGUAAACUAAAAGUUACUAUAACUUGUGAUGAACUUCUUGACUGUAGAGCAAAACAAGAUUUUGAUUAGCUGAAAGGAAAUAAGUAAGUGAAACAUAUGCAAAGCUUGAUGAGAUCGCCAGUGGACUAAUUUAUACACUUGCAUUAUAUUCAGGUAAGGUUUAAAAAAAAACUGUGAAGGGGGGAAACAAAAACAAGAUUGUUCAGGGAAGAUAUUUUCCAAGACAAAAUGCAAUUAAUAGAGUGGAUUAAUAAGACUGAGUUUAUUUGAAUGAGAGAAAAAAAUAUGUAGUGUGACGGUGGGACAUUACCAAUGAACAAUGACCUCAAGUAAAUGACUCUGUAUAUACAUCAUUUAAUUGUCUUCCAGUGAUCAUCUUCGAUGUCUCUGUCAUCAUAAAUGUAUUUCUGGAACAAUAAAGGGUGACAUUUCUCUACAUUCUUCUACAUUCUGAUACCCUUUAAAAAUGCUUAAAUAAUAAACCAUGAGAGAACAAUGAA